AUGGGGCGGGGGGCGGCAGCUGGGGCCGCACUGCUGGCACUGCUGCUGCUGGGAGCCCCCCCGGCUGCGGGCGCGGAGCUCUCGGGGCUGUUCCAGUGGAUUGCAAAGGCUGAGUGUCACUUCAUUAACGGCACCGACAGGGUGAAGUACGCGGAGAGGCACAGCUACAACCGGGAGCAGCUCCUGCACUUCGACUGCGACAAAGUGGGGCACUUGGGGGUUCGCCCCCUUUGGGGAGAAGGUGGCCGGCUACUGGAACAGCCUCCCGGAUUUCAUGCGGCUCAAAAGGACCGCGGUGCACUGGUACUGGCGGAGCAACUCGGAGGUGGCCGCCGUGUUCCUCAGGGAGCGCCGAGUGCCCAUCCCACCGUGUCCAUCUCGCUGGCACCCUCGAGCUCCCAGCCCGGCCCCGGCUGCCUGCUCUGCUCCGUGAUGGAUUUCUACCCUGCCCACAUCCAGCUGAGGUGGUUCCAGGGCCAGCAGGAGCUCUCUGUGGUGGCCACCGAUGUGGUUCCCAGUGGGGACUGGACCCACCAGCUCCUGGUGCUGCUGGAAAGCCCCCAGUGCGGGGUCACCUGCAGCUGCCAGGUGGAGCACGUCAGCCUGGAGCAUCCCCUGAGCCAGCACUGGGAGAUGCCGCUGGAUGCCGCCCACAGCAAGAUGCUGACAGGGGUCGGGGGGUCCGUGUUGGGCUUCGUCUUCCUGGCUCUGGGGUUCGGCUUCUACCUGUGCAAGAAGGUGAGGGGGGGUCCCGGGGGUCGUGUCCCCCCUCUCCCGGGAGCGUGUGUGCUCCCCCCGGGGCCCCCAGCCCAGUGUCACCCCCUUUUCUCUGCCCACAGAGCUCCUGAGCCGCCGCCGGCCGCAGCCCCUCCCCGUGGCCUCGGGCCCGGCCGGGACCCCCCUGCUCCAUCCCCGCCCUGAUUUUGGGGGGGUCGUGUGUCCCCCCAGCCCCGCUGUCACUCUGCCCCUGCCCAGCUGCUCCCAGUGUUCCCAGUAAAGCUUCCCAGUUAAACCCAGUCCAGUUUAUGGGGGGCACUGGGGAGGGACUGGGGGGACCCCGCGGUGGGGCCGUGACUGGGCAGGGAGGGGGGGUCCAGGUGGGGAACACUGGGUGCUGCGGGUCUGCCCGGCAACUGGUGAGUCAUCAGACCUGCUCGCUCUGAUUGGCUGACUCUU